AUGGAGUCAGUUAUAGAGCAGUGCAGAGGGCUAGCGAAAGCGAACGCUUCCAGCUUCCAACGUUUCUCUGAUUUCCCUUUAUCGAGCAAAACGCUCCAUGGACUUGAGGACUGCGAAUAUGAGGAGCCAACAGAUAUUCAAAGGGAAUCCCUGCCUUUUUCACUCAGAGGUCUAGACGUUGUUGGCGCAGCGAAAACUGGAAGCGGCAAAACACUUGCGCUCAUCAUCCCGGUGUUGGAGUCUCUCUGGAGAUCAGGAUGGUCCAACUACUGUGGACUAGGAGCACUAAUAAUUGCUCCUACCAGGGAGCUCGCUCUUCAAACUUUCACGGUCAUAAAUCAUGUCGGAAAAUAUCACGACUUCUCGUGUGCUUUACUUAUUGGAGGAACUGAUGUUGACUAUGAAAGAAAUCGUAUUGGUAGGGUUAAUAUUAUAAUCUGCACUCCUGGUCGGCUGCUGCAACACAUGGACGAGAAUGAACAACUAUUAUGCGAACAGCUACAGAUACUAGUGCUCGAUGAGGCAGAUCGGAUUCUUGACAUGGGAUUUAGCCAGCAAGUUAAUGCCAUUGUUGCCAACUUACCCAAGGAGCGCCAGACGCUGUUAUUUUCUGCCACUCAAACUCGUAACGUUAAGGAUUUGAGUCGGGUCUGCACGAAGGAUCCCGUGUUCGUAUCAGCUCAUGAACGUUGUGCUCAUGUUACUCCUGAUUGCCUGGUACAAUCUUAUAUGGUUUGCGAAGAUCAUGAUAAAGUCAAUACAAUCUGGUCUUUUAUUGUUAAUAACAAAAAGUCGAAAACGAUUGUAUUCGUCUCCAGUUGCAAACAGGCGCGUUUCCUAACUGGAGCUUUCUGUCAUCUCCGCCCUGGACUACCUGUCAUGGGAUUGUGGGGCACCAUGAACCAAAAGAAGCGUAUCGAUGUGUUCCAGAAGUUUGAGAACAAAGAGGAUCCCGUGUUCGUAUCAGCUCAUGAACGUUGUGCUCAUGUUACUCCUGAUUGCCUGGUACAAUCUUAUAUGGUUUGCGAAGAUCAUGAUAAAGUCAAUACAAUCUGGUCUUUUAUUGUUAAUAACAAAAAGUCGAAAACGAUUGUAUUCGUCUCCAGUUGCAAACAGGCGCGUUUCCUAACUGGAGCUUUCUGUCAUCUCCGCCCUGGACUACCUGUCAUGGGAUUGUGGGGCACCAUGAACCAAAAGAAGCGUAUCGAUGUGUUCCAGAAGUUUGAGAACAAAGAGGCAGCUGUUAUGAUCGCUACUGAUGUCGCAAGUCGCGGACUUGAUUUUUCUGAUGUUGACUGGGUUGUUCAAGUUGAUUGUCCUGCAUCUGUGGAAGAUUAUAUUCAUAGAGUGGGUCGGACAGCUCGAAUGAAUCAGACUGGACAUGCCGUUCUCUUUUUGACUUCUUCUCAAGAACGACCUAUGGUAGCAGCGCUAGCUCAGGCUAAUAUUCCCGUGACAAAACAAAUAGCAGAUCCAAGGGCACUGGUCGAUAUCAGGACAAAAAUGCAAGCAACACUUUCUCAGUUUCCUGAACUUAAUCAGUUCGCACAAAAGAGCGUUGUUGCUUACCUUCGAAGCAUAUACAUGAUGCGAAACAAAAAAGUCUUCGACGUCACUACUGUCGACGCAGCUGCAUUGGCCGCAUCUUAUGGCCUUGUUACGGUUCCAAGAGUUCGGUUUUUGAGCAAAAAAGGAAUUUCUGUGAAGGGCACGAAAGAUAAAGAAGGCGUUUGUGAGAAGGAAAAGAAAUCAGCGACAUCUAAGUCUUCAAAGAGCAAUGCAGAAGAAGAGCAACGUACGACAAUGGGGAGUUUCGAUUUCGAUGACGAGAACGAUGAUAUUUUUGUGGUGAAGAAGAAGGACGUGUUCAGUUUACUCGACGAGAACGCAGAAUCUACAGAUGCUCAACAGCAACCUACAAUUAGAAAUAGCAAGAACGUAAAGGUGGUGACUAAAAUGAGUGCUGCUAAGAAGCUGCUGAAUAAAAAACUGAAAGUCAACGUGAGGAAGCUUUUCGACGAAGAAGGGGAACCGAUGAAGGUGGACGGCGUAGUAGAUAAGGGUGAGAGUGUAGGCUUGGAUCUUGACUCUGCCAAAGAAUCCAUCAAGCAAAGCAGUGUGGAGGAUCGAAAACGACACAAAGCGUUGUUGAAGCAAAAGAAAAAAGAGGAGAAGGAGCGCUUGAAAAGAAAACGGAGUAGAGACAAGGGAGAAGAUGUGGACUUGGGUGAAGGAGGAAGUGGAAUUGACAGUGAUGCGGAUCUGUCAUUUUUGCCAGAUCCCGAUGAAGUGCGGAAACGAUAUGCAGAGCAAGCUUCAGAAGAAGAUGUUGUCGACAACUCUGUUGAAUCGCCUGCUCCAUUACGAAAACGCCGGAAGCAACGUAAAGAAAUUGUCAGCGCAGAGGAGCAAGCCCUCGCCCUUCUUAACCCUUUUUGA